GUCGGUCGGUGGGUCAGUCAGACGGACAGUUUGUUUGUUUGCCCGCCCGCCCUGUCAGUCAGCCGGCGAGGCGGGGGUCGAGUCGAAGAAGAAAAGGGCGGGCGAGGGGAGCGAGCGAGGCAGACGGGCGCGAGGGGAGCGAGGUAGGCUGAGGCGAUGGCGGACGUCCUGAGCGUGCUGCGCCAAUACAACACGCAGAAGAAGGAGAUCGUGGUGAAAGGCGACGAGGUGAUCUUCGGCGAGUUCUCCUGGCCCAAGAACGUCAAGACCAACUAUGUGAUCUGGGGGACAGGAAAAGAAGGCCAGCCAAGAGAAUACUACACCUUGGAUUCAAUUUUGUUCCUGUUGAAUAAUGUGCAUCUUUCGCAUCCUGUUUAUGUCCGUCGUGCUGCAACUGAAAACAUUCCUGUGGUAAGAAGACCUGACAGAAAAGAUCUCCUUGCAUACCUAAAUGGGGAAACAUCGACAUCAUCAAGUAUAGACAGAAGUGCACCACUUGAAAUAGGUCUUCAGCGAUCCACUCAAGUUAAAAGGGCAGCGGAUGAAAUAUUUGCAGAAGCAAAGAAACCAAGAAUAGAGGAUGAAGAGUGUGUGCGGCUUGACAAAGAGCGGCUUGCCGCUCGGCUGGAGGGGCAUAAGGAAGGCAUUGUGCAGACAGAGCAGAUCAGAUCCUUGUCUGAAGCCAUGUCUGUGGAGAAGAUUGCUGCCAUCAAAGCCAAGAUCAUGGCCAAGAAAAGGUCCACUAUAAAGGCUGAUUUGGAUGACGACAUAAAUGCUCUUAAACAACGAAGUUUUGUUGAUGCAGAAGUUGAUGUAACAAGAGACAUCGUCAGCAGGGAAAGGGUGUGGCGGACAAGAACUACUGUUUUACAAAGUACAGGCAAGAAUUUUGCCAAAAACAUCUUUGCCAUUCUUCAGUCAGUCAAAGCUAGAGAAGAAGGUCGUGCACCUGAACAAAGACCAGCGCCAAAUACUGCACCAGUGGAUCCCACUUUACGAAACAAGCAGCCUAUUCCAGCCGCCUACAACAGAUACGAUCAGGAGAGGUUUAAAGGAAGGGAAGAUACGGAGGGUUUCAAGAUUGACACCAUGGGCACCUACCACGGAAUGACUUUGAAGUCUGUAACGGAAGGAGCUUCAGCACGGAAAACUCAGACCCCAGCCGCACAGCCUGUGACAAGGCCAGUAUCCCAAGCAAGACCACCUCCAAACCAGAAAAAAGGAUCUCGAACACCUAUAAUCAUUAUUCCAGCAGCUACCACCUCUUUAAUAACUAUGCUUAAUGCAAAAGAUCUUCUGCAGGAUCUGAAGUUUGUGCCAUCAGAUGAGAAGAAAAAGCAAGGCUGUCAGCGUGAAAAUGAAACUUUAAUACAGAGAAGGAAAGACCAGAUGCAGCCUGGUGGAACUACAGUCAGUGUUACAGUACCGUAUCGUGUGGUUGAUCAGCCUCUAAAACUUAUGCCUCAAGAUUGGGACCGUGUUGUGGCUGUAUUUGUGCAGGGCCCUGCUUGGCAGUUCAAGGGCUGGCCAUGGUUGCUACCUGACGGAUCACCCGUUGAUAUUUUUGCAAAAAUUAAAGCUUUCCAUCUUAAAUACGAUGAAGUUCGUCUAGAUCCAAAUGUUCAGAAAUGGGAUGUAACCUUGUUAGAGCUCAGCUAUCAUAAACGGCACUUGGACAGACCUGUGUUCCUGCGUUUCUGGGAAACAUUGGACAGGUACAUGGUGAAGCACAAAUCCCACUUGAGAUUCUGAAUUCUUUACUGCCAUUUUGUGUUCUCAAACCUUGGAUUAAGGACUCUGGAAUCAACUCUUGUCUACAGAGGAGAAUUCUCCCUGUUGAUGUUGGUCAAGAACAUUAUACAGAUAAAGAAGGGAGUCAUGGUUCAAUCUUUUAUAAGACCUUGUUGGAUAACCGUGUUGGAAUGACAGGCCCGAAAACCAGUCAUCAUUACAGCAAAGGAUUUUGCUCAAAACUAUUUUUUAAUAACAUAAGCCUUCUAGCCUGCAGUUCAAAUUGUAUAUUUUGAUAGCAGCCAUUUCUUCCCCGUUUUGUUAAAUUAGCAACAUUUUUACAAUAACUUUUUUGUUCUUCAAUAGAAUAUAGGUUGAUUUUCACAGAAGGUUAUGAACUUGUGUGUGUAUGUAUAUAUAGAUAUAUAGAUAGUUGUUCUAAUCCACUUCGAUUCUGAGCAUAGUUCUUGGUUCUUUGCUUUAUUGUUUCACUUGUGGAAAACAUUUUGUUUUGAUUGGUAUUAUCUUCUAGUCUACAGAACUCUAGGAACUGAGCAAAGUGAAGACCGCUUUAGAUUAAUCAAAUUGUCAACCUGUAUAUGUACUGUAUAUUCAUUCAGUCUUUGGAAAAGGGAUGAGAAAAAUCCAAUAUUGCUUCUUUUGUUAUGAUGAUAGUUUACCAAAACUGUAAAAAGAAUCAUUAUGAAUACAUUUGAAUUAUAACAUUCUCCAUUCAAAAUCUUUAAUUUAAAAUUGUGUGUGCAUUUGACCCCAUACUGAAAUGUAUAUGAAGCUGUGUAUACACAAGAACAUCCGAGUUUGGGGGCAUCUGGGAUUUUCAAAAGUUGGGAUUGCAAGAAUGGAAUCAUAGAAUCAGUUCUUCUAAUCCCAAUAGGUGCAGAUCAUAUUUUUUCCUUGACUGCAUUCUUACGUUAUCUUGGCAGCAUGGGAACCAACGCCAACCACAUGGCCCAUUCUGCAGUGUCCUCCCUGCCCCCUGGUCCCCAUUAAUCCCAUUUUCCAUGUUUAGCCCUGGCAUAGGGCUUCUCGUUAUCCUGGUGAUGUGGGAAGGAGUAGCAUCCCGCACUGCCAAAGUAACAUAGGAAGCCAGUCUCAGUGGCAUAGGAAACCCAAACUCACUCAAGUUACAAUUAUGACUGGUGCUUAGGCCAGUCUUUCAGCAUUCCCACAAUAUAUAAACUUUUCAGUAACCAAAGAACAUGUUUGCUUGUUGGGGAAUGAGUAAAAGAGAGGCAGGAAAAAGUUAGUAUUUCUGUGAGUUUGUAUUUUAUAAUAUUGUUGCUGAAUGCUGCAUACUAGUGGGUAAUCAAAAUGAUCCUAAACAUCAUUUUCAUAUGGAUUUUUUGAGAUGAUGAAACUACUAUUUCUGUUUUUCAAGCCCAGAACCAUGUUUUUAUCCUGAGCAUCUGAGGUCUUAUAGAAGUAAAAUAUUCUACAUAUUCUUCCUUA